AUGAGGAUCUCUUAUCUGGCCGUAGCCACCGCCUUGGCUACCCUCACGUCGGCCGCCGCCGCUCCCAAGCAGCAGUGCCACUGCUUGCCUGGUGAGAAGUGCUGGCCGUCGACCGUCUCCUGGGACGCACUGAACGCUACCGUUGGCGGCCGUCUCGUUGCCACCAAGCCCAUCGGGUCGCCCUGCCACGAUCCCACAUACGAUGCGGCCGCCUGCGCGGCGCUGCAGUCAUCCUGGACGAACCCCUUGACCCACAUCCCCUCCUCGUCUUCUGUGAUGCAGACCUACUUCGCCAACCAGUCCUGCGACCCCUUCACAGACAGAGCUAUCCCCUGCACCCUCGGCAACUACGUUAGCUACGCCGUCGACGUCCGCUGCACGGCAGAUGUUGGCCACGCUCUCAAGUUCGCCAAGGCCAACAACCUCCGCGUCGUCGUCCGCAACACGGGCCAUGACUUCCUCGGACGCUCUACCGGCGCUGGUGCUCUGGCCAUCUGGACCAACCACCUCAAGACGGUCGACUUCACCACCUGGUCCGACAAGUACUACUCGGGCCCGGCCGUGAACGUCGGUGCAGGUGUCCUCGGCUACGAGAUCCUCGAGGCGGCGCACGCCAAGGGACUCGCCGUCGUCUCUGGCGAGUGUGCCACCGUCGGUCUGGCUGGCGGCUUCAUCCAGGGCGGAGGCCACAGUGCCCUCUCCACCGAGUUCGGCCUCGGGGCUGACCAGACGCUCGCCUUCCAAGUCGUCACCGCGGAGGGCAAGACCGUCGUUGCGUCGCCCUCUCAGAACGCCGACUUGUACUGGGCCCUCAGCGGCGGCGGCGGCGGCACCUUUGGCGUCGUGACCGGCGUCACCGUCCGCGCUUACAAGGCCGAGACCGUCGGCGGCGCGGCCUUCCAGCUGCUCGCCGCGACGACGACGCCCGACAAGUUCAACGCCGCCGUCUCCAAGUUCCACGAGCUGCUGCCCAACAUGACGGACCACGGCGCCUUUGCCGUGUUCCUCCAUAACUCCCAGUUCCUGGUCCUCCGUCCCCUGACCGUCUGGAACUCGACGGCCGCCCACGUUCGCGACGUGGUUCUCGCCCCCUUCGUCAAGGCGCUGGCCGAGAUCGGCAUCACCCUGCCGAUCGCCUACAGCGAGCUCUCGUACCGCGACCACUACGCGACCUACAUGGGCCCUCUGCCCCAGGGCAACCUCGAGGUGGCUCGCUACCAGUUCGGCGGGCGCCUGAUCCCCCGCGACGUCAUCGAGACCAACAACGACGAGUACCAAAAGGUCGUCCGGAACCUCACCGCCAACGGCGUCCUCCUCGCCGGCAGCGUCGGCCAGUACAACAAGCCGGCCGGCGCGCCCGACAACUCGGUCCACCCGGCGUGGCGCAAGGCGGUCAUGCAGCUCCAGCUCAUCACCAACUGGGACAACGCGGCGCCGUGGGCCGACAUGGAGGCCGCCCAGAGACGCAUGACGGAGGAGUUCAUGCCGCUGAUCCAGUCGGUGACGCCCGGCAGCGCCUCGUACAUGAACGAGGCCGACUUCAGGCAGCCGGACUGGCAGAGCGCCUUCUUCGGCGACAACUACGCCAAGCUGCUGUCCAUCAAGAAGAAGUGGGAUCCCGAGUCGCUGUUUUACGUCCUCAAGGGCGUGGGCAGCGAGGCGUGGAACGUUGCGCCCAGUGGGCAGAUGUGUCGGGCUUGA